UUAAGCCCCUAAUUAGCCUAAAGCCAUUAUCAUUUCUUGUUCAACAUCAGUGUCAUCAUCUUCAACUCUCGAUCUGCUGUCUAUCGAUCACUCCAUGGAAACUAAAUCUUGUGAGCAGCUUAAUAUCUUGUUCUUCCCAUACAUGGCUCAAGGCCACAUUAUACCCCUCACAGAUAUAGCCAAAUUAUUUUCGUCUCGUGGUGUGAAAUCGACCAUAAUAACCACUCCGCUCAAUGCACCAUUCAUUACCAAAGCAACCCAAAGAAGCAAAAGUACUUUGGGAUUUGAUCAGAAAAUUGAACUUAUUCUCAUAAAGUUCCCAUCUGCUGAAGUUGGGUUGCCUGAGGAAUGCGAGAGGGCUGAUUUGAUCACAAAACCAGAGAUGGAAGGAAAAUUCUUCACAGCCACGCGUUUGCUUGAACCACAGCUCGAGCAGAUUUUGGACCAACAUCGACCUCAUUGCCUUGUUGCUGAUUUGUUUUUUCCUUGGGCUACAGAUGUUGCUGCCAAAUUUGAAAUUCCAAGGCUAUAUUUUCAUGCAACCGGAUUGUUCCCUUUGUGUGCUGCAUUUAGUCUGAUGAUACAUCAACCUCAGAAGAAAGUGCUAUCUGAAACUGAACCCAUUGUUAUUCCUGGUCUCCCAGAUGAGAUCAAGAUGACAGGAAACCAAAUGGCGGAUUUUUUAAAGCUAGAUGAUGAAGCAGAACUUAGCAGGUUCUGGAAAGCGGCCUUAGAGUGUGAGAAAAGGAGCUAUGGGGUCAUUGUUAACAGCUUCUAUGAACUUGAACCAGAUUAUGCUGAUCAUUACAGGAAGGUGUAUGGGAGGAAGACGUGGCAUAUUGGCCCGGUCUUCCUAAUUGACAAGCCAGUAGAAGAUAUGGCCACUGCUGAGCAACACCAGUGCUUGAAAUGGCUUGAUUCUAAGAAACCCAAUUCGGUUGUAUAUGUAUGUUUCGGAAGCAUGAUCAACUUCACUGAUUGUCAACUCCUAGAAAUUGCAGCAGGCCUUGAGGCUUCUGGACAGGACUUCAUUUGGGUUGUGAAGAAACAAAAGAAAGAGAUAGAAGAGUGGUUGCCUGAAGGAUUUGAGAAGAGAAUGGAAGGCAAGGGACUGAUUAUAAGAGAUUGGGCUCCUCAAGUGCUGAUUCUUGAGCAUGAAGCAAUAGGAGCUUUUCUCUAUCAUUGUGGGUGGAACUCAUUCCUUGAAGGAGUCUCUGCUGGGAUACCGAUGAUCACCUGGCCGGUGUCUGCUGAAAACUUUUACACGGAGAAGCUAGUGACGCAGAUACUCCGCGUUGGGGUCGCUAUUGGUGCUGAAAAAUGGGUUUCAUUUGUGGAUGCAAGUUUGAAGAGUGAGGCCAGUGUGAAGAGGGAGGCCAUAGAGAAGGCUGUGACAAGAAUCAUGGAGGGUGAUGACGCAGAAGAAAUGAGAAACAGAGCUAAAGCGCUUGGAGAGAUGGCAAGCAGGGCUGUUGAAGAAGGUGGUUCAUCUUUCUCAGAUUUAACUUCUCUAAUUGAAGAGUUGAGGACCCUUAAUGGAUCUUGAUUUUCUUCGGGACUAAAUGGCGAGUGUUAUAGUAUAAAUGUGUUGUAAUGGCUAUAUCAUGUAAAUGCCUUUCUCUUCCUAGUUUUAGGGGCUCCAUGUUUUAAGGAGGACUUUAGGGGUCCUUGCUUUAAGGAGGAAUUUAGGUUACAUGUUCCUUGUCUUCCACUAUAUGUAGUCCAUUUCUCAUCCAUGUUAUGAGAUGAAUACAGAAUGUAAUACUCCAUUCUUAGCAUCAAAA